AAAUAGUUGAGUUAGUCCCGCUAUGGGCGGCGACAUUUCAAUUCUGAAUCGACCCUACUAUGACGAAAAGCAUGACGUGCCUGAUGUUGGAGUAUAUCGUCAAGGGACAUCCCUAGAUCACCGGUCUCUACCCCCAGAGCUACGCGCGAUUGGACGAUGUCGAAAGUCAAUGAUUUUACGUCAGUCAGCGGUCCUCCUACUGCGGCAUUUGCGUGCUUGCCCACGCCGCUGUGUUGACCAUGUGAGAUGCGGCCAGAAGUGUCUCGUACUGGAUCAGGAGUUGUACAGCUCGGUACCUGCAUUUUCUAUACAUGCGUGUUGCGAGUGUUUGAACCCGAUGGUGGCGACUCGGUCAGAACUGGAGCGGAAACGCAAGUUGCUGUCGGGUCCGCCACUCCCAGUGUCUCUACAUGAAAUUCAAGGCUAUCUUAGGGAGUGUGUGAGAUAUUUCUCAUGCUGCAAUGAGCUGAUAGUGAUCGCCACGGUGUAUGCCUGUCGAUUCGCUGAAAACGUAUGCAUGCGCCCUUGGAACUGGCGAAUUAUUGUUGCUAUAAGUGUCUUUUUGGCCUGUAAGGUAUGGGAAGACUAUUGUCUCUUUCUCUCGAACUUGCAAGACUGCUUCAUUUACCUCAGCAAAUGUGGUCUGAUCCAACUCGGCGCCUACGGUGGUGGUCCCCCUCUAUAUAGGCUCAGGAAGCUGGAGGCUUUCGCGCUAGCGGAUAUUUUACAGUGGAAUGUGAAUAUUCAGUCAUCUGAAUACUGCGAGUUUUACUUUUCUCUACAGCAGAAUAACAUGGCCAGCUCUGGAGGGGGAAGUCACAGUGCUCGACUGCAGCGGUUAUCGACAACACCGGAUUCCAUAUUGCUCACAUCCAGCGGCGAACUGUUUGCAGCAUCGAAUGGUGGAGGAGGCCGACGUGGAGAUCACAGUGUUAGUAUGGGCAGUUUUCGAGAGAAUCCGCUUAACGGCAGGCCGAGGUCAUCGCUUACCGCGAGUCGGGGAAAGUCGGAGCAUGUUUCUCCAGUGUCGUUUCAAUCGUUAAUUCUCCAGCGUCGAAAUAGCAGGUCUACAGCACCAGCUAGACAUCGACGGGUGAAGCCUGAUGUGUAUCCUCAGCACGCAUGCGCAGAAUCUAUAGGGUGCGCAGGUCGACUGUCACGAGAGUCUCGGGUCAGCGCAUGGCACCCGGUGUUGCUCGACGGGAUAGCGGCCGAACUGCGGCAACGAUCGCUGGACAGAGGGAAUCCCUUCGUUGGGAACUGGGCUCAUUCACCACCGGCUGAGCCACGCAGGUCGCUUCGGGUCCUCUCUGCAGUGGAUGGAAUGGAGUCGCAACCUGGGGAGAGAAUUCAAAGCCUUUCUAGGAGGGGCGCAUACGAUCGGAUACCAUAAUUCUUUGACAUCGCGCUUGAGGGAGACUCGCCGGUGUCGAUUUGUUAUUGUGAUGAGAUUAAUUGGGUGUCUGUCCUCUGUGCUCAUCAGUACUGUCUCACUCUAAUUUGUUUCAGCAUAUAGAGUAUCUUGAGGUUGACCAUGCUAGAUACAAAUUAGGUUAGCAUUGGGUCCAUGUUGUAUAUGCGUGCUAUUGAACUCAUCACAGCUGCCUGGAGCCACAUGGCCUCUGCUUUUUCUCAAAUUCGUUAUAA